AAAAGAAAGUCGGGAAGUGGGAGCAUGUAAAAUAAAUCUCCAGGAAGAGCGAGUGGCGUCCGGCAUUGCGGCUCCGAUAAGUAACACCAUGGAGAGAGAUAUUGACUCGGUGGAUCAACAUGUCCAUCCAUGCAGCUUUUGGGACCCACCCUGAGGAGGACCUGCUUCAGCACUGAACCUGAGAACGCGAUGGAGAUAUUAUUGUAGACGCAGGACCCGAGGGUCCGACUGGAUGCAACAUGGAGAACGGCACCAAACUUGACAGUCCCACUAACAUCUCCUUGGCCAACAAGGACGUCGUUUCCACCAUGAUCGAGUACAAAGCCAUCUCUGUGUUUCUUGUCCUGUUGAUUUGUGGCGUUGGUAUAAUCGGGAACAUUAUGGUGGUCCUGGUGGUCUUCAUAACUCGGGACAUGAGAACCCCCACCAACUGUUAUUUGGUCAGCCUGGCGGUGGCUGACCUGAUGGUCCUGGUGGCAGCUGGACUGCCCAAUGUAUCAGACAGCCUGGCGGGAACAUGGAUAUACGGGCACGCGGGAUGUCUCGGGAUAACCUACUUCCAGUAUUUAGGGAUCAACGCCUCCUCCUGCUCCAUCACGGCCUUCACCGUUGAAAGGUACAUUGCCAUUUGCCACCCUAUGAAGGCGCAGACAGUGUGCACCGUGUCCCGCGCCAAGCGCAUCAUCGCCGUGGUCUGGUUCUUUACCUGCAUUUAUUGCAUGCUGUGGUUCUUCCUCGUGGACAUUCAAGUGAACAGGAACCAGCAUGUGGAAUGCGGCUACAAAGUCUCCCGCAACCUCUACCUGCCCAUUUACUUCACCGACUUUGCUAUCUUUUACGUGAUCCCGCUGUUCGUGGCCACCAUCUUGUAUGGGCUGAUUGGUCGGAUCUUGUUCCUCGGUCCAAUCCCCAGUCACCCUGAGAGCGGCACGGAGAGAUGGAGGGAGAAGAGCAGCAAGGAAAAAAACGGGGCCGAAUCCGACAGCAGCAGGAUGAAUAACCGCAAUCGACCUAAGGGGGCGCUAUCCUCCAGGAAACAGGUUACCAAGAUGUUGGCGGUGGUGGUCGUUCUUGCUCUUCUCUGGAUGCCCUAUCGGACUUUAGUUCUAGUGAACUCUUUUGUGGAGAAUCCAUACUUGGACCCCUGGUUCCUUCUGUUCUGUCGCAUCUGUGUUUAUGCCAACAGUGCCAUCAACCCUGUCAUCUACAACCUCAUGUCUCAGAAGUUCCGCACAGCUUUCAAAAGGUUGUGUAAGUGUGGCCAGGUGGAGACCCAGAGGAGAAACACGUACAUGGCCACCACCAACUACAGCAUGGUUAGGGAUCCCAGCAAUGCCAGGCCUGAGAAGAAGGAAAUGCCACCACAAGAGAACCCAACCAUUGUACCCAAACAAUCCGACAAGCCGAAGGUGGAAGGGGAAUUAUAUUACAGCGUUGUCUAAACUCACCGUUCGCUCUAAGCUCCUUACUACCAGCAAAGGUGAAGAUCUACUGUAGGUACAAAAAAGCCACUGGUGACUAUAGAACCUCAGGGGCGGGGACUCUCAGAGCAGACAAGAAGAGCCCCCUGAGAGUCCUGACAUUGUGUGCAGCCCAUCUUCAUGUGAAAGAACAUUGUCAUAGUGACACAAACAUGGCUUCAAUAUUACCUUGCUUCAGAGCUGUAGAUUUAGGUCUUAAAAUGGGCCCUGUGUGGCCCCAGGUCCCUUCUACUGCCUCUGUUACCAUAUCUAUAGCUCUUUGGCCUCUGAGAGUUGUGGCAUGAUGGGGCAGUGGUGUUUCUGUAGGUACAUUACAGUGAGUGAGCCACCACGGACGCUCCCUCAAACACCUGCAGAAGAUGGGGCCCUUACUGAUUUUAUUAUAGGGCCCGACCUCUUCACUGUAUGUUCUUGGUGACCAACAUUUUGCAUCCUCUGACUGGUUUCUAUGGUCUGAUCUUUAUAUGAAAUGUUUGGUUGUGUAAGUGUCUAUGAGAGUCCUUAUAUUCCUUAUAUUCAAGAACAUAAUGGUGCAAAUCUCCAUAGAUCGAGAGAGGGGAGGUCUGCCCAUGUCCCCAUCUAUGAAGAGCUGUUGUAGUUAUAUGCCACAUGUGAUCCCUCCCAGCCUUUCUGAUUGGCUGAAGAGGGUGCACAGAGGGAGGGGCUUGUGGGACAAGUCAUUUUUCCAGCCCCUGAGGGGCACUUUGCGAGGGAUUUCAGUGGGUGCACCCUCCAUUUUAGAUAUGAAGGACUGGCAGUCCCAAUGCUGGCGACGGGUCUGGCAGUUUCAUGUGGGCAGAGUUAUCUUCAUGCCUUGGUUUUUGCCCCCCUGGGUAUAUUGUUUUGCUAUUUCCACUUAAUAUAUCAGAGCUCGGAGCUGAUGCCGAGACCUGGAAGAAGCCUUGAUGUUUUAUCCAUAGAUUUUUCCUGCUCAGCACAUGGAUCUCUGCUCUUCUUAUGGUUUGUGGGAGAAGAAAUGAGAAAUGAACAAUUGAAAGGGUUCGAUGACUCUGCGGCUGCUGCUUCAGUUCUCUGAUGUAAAUGACGAUGGAAAUCCGCACCAGCAGUGAGGCGCUGGACUGCCCGAGGA